GCCUCGCCUACUGUGAUCAAAUUUAGCGCACACGUUUAACCACAGCACGUCUGACCGAAAAAAGUUACUGUGUUACUUUCAGUUUUACCCUUACUUAAAUAUUUUGCUCUUCUCCCCGCAAACGGUGUACUGUCCCUUUAAGUAAAGCGGCUGCUCAUUUGCAGCCUUUCACAGGCUGGACCUCCGCUCACUCAGGACCCAUUCAUAAAUAAGACAUCGUAUGGAAAGGAAGCUCAUAUAGCCGCAUCUGAAUCUUCAUUCAGCGGACCGGAUGCGAAGGGCGAGCAGGAAACAGACAUGCUCACCUCGGUCGGGGACUGUAAAUCGGGGGCACGGCUGAGAGAGCAGGAUUGACUUCCCAUGGCUGACCCCCCUGCUGAUGGUUUUGACUUCAUGUGCGAGCCGUCAGGAGGCAGCUUCAUCCAGCUCAGAGCAUUUGGCAAGCUCCGAGAAAUGCUCGUUUCCUCGCAGGGUUUGGUGUUUUCUACGCGCUUCCGCUUAACACAAGUCAUCCUGGUUUAGACAAGUCUACCGCUCCGAUCUUUCUUUUUGUGUUAAAUUUUUAAUAAAUGAAAAUACAGCAGAGGAGCAUCAGAGGACCUGACAUACCGAUGGAGCAGUGAGCCAUGGCAGCUAAAGAGGAACUGUAUGCCAAAGUGACCCCGCGGAGGCAGCGCCAGAGCCGGCCAAGUACCAUCAAACAUGGGUCCACGCUGGACGUGCUGCUGUCCAUGGGCUUCCCCAAGACCAGGGCCUUGAAAGCUCUGGUUUCGACAGGAGGGAAAAACGUCCAGGCAGCUUGUGACUGGCUCUUCUCCCACGUGGAUGACCCGUUCUUGGAUGACCCUCUGCCCAGAGAGUAUGUGUUAUAUCUGCGACCCAGUGGGCCGCUGCUUCAGCAGCUCUCGCACUUCUGGCAGCAGUCCCGCCUCUCCUGUGGCAAGAAUAAGGCACACAACAUCUUCCCCCACAUCACCCUCUGCCAGUUCUUCAUGUGUGCCGAUGGGAAGGUGGAAGCUCUGUGCGACGCUCUCCAGACCACUGUGGCCAAGUGGAAGGCUCGCAUACCCCCACCCCUUCCACUGGAGCUCUAUACCUCUUCAACCUUCAUUGGCCUCUUUGUGGAGGAGCAGGUGGCGGAGGUGCUGAAGGGUUUCGCUGCGGAUUUUGCCACUGAAGCGGCAGCUAAAGCAGAUGUUCAUGUGGAGCCCCACAAGAAACAACUUCAUGUCACGUUGGCAUACCACUUCCAAACCAGUCACCUUCCAGUUUUGGAGAAGCUGGCCAAAAGCGUGGAUGUGGCUUCAGGCUGCGACUGGCUGGCUGUGCUCUACUCCCGGGAUAUUCGGUUUGCUAAUCAUGAGACACUGCAAGUCAUGUACCCGUAUUCGCCUCAGAAUGACGAUGAGCUUGAGCUGGCGCCAGGAGACUUUAUCUUCAUGUCUCCAGUGGAGCAGACCAGUGCCAGUGAGGGUUGGGUGUUCGGUACCUCGCUGGGCACGGGGCUGUCGGGCCUGCUGCCUGAGAACUACGUCAACCGUGCUGAUGAGUCUGACACCUGGGUUGUCCAUGGGUCUCACUCUGUUCUGAACUGUGCCUCUCCGUCUAACUCCGGCAGCGCUAUGGGUGGGUUAUUAUUUGAUGGACAGCUGAAUGACAGUCUAUUUGACAGUCUCAUGGAUCCUCCCAGCUUCACCGGCCUCUGUCCUCCUAUGCAGGUGUCAAGGCCAACUAAUCAGUCCUCCUCGUCCAAGAUGAGACUGUUUGUGUGUCGCCAUGGGGAGAGAAUGGAUGUGGUGUUUGGGAAACACUGGGUAACUCAGUGCUUCGACUCCAAAGGCCGAUACAUUCGCUCUAAUCUCAACAUGCCAACCAGCCUGCCAGCUAGAAUUGGAGGUCACCGGGACUAUGAUAAAGAUUGUCCAAUUACUGUGUUUGGCUCCACCCAGGCCCGGCUUGUAGGUGAAGCCCUGUUGGAAAGCCACGCGGUGAUAGACUUUGUUUACUGCUCUCCUUCUCUUCGCUGCGUCCAGACUGCCCAGCACAUUUUGCAGGGUCUCCAGCAGGAGGGAAAGACAAAGAUCCGUGUGGAGCCUGGAUUGUUUGAAUGGACCAAGUGGGUUUCAGGCACAUGUUUACCCGCCUGGAUCCCCCCAGCUGAGCUGGCCGCUGCUAACCUGAGUGUGGACACAACAUACAGACCUCUUUUUCCCAUAAGUAAGUUGAUGGUGUCAGAGUCCUAUGACACAUACAUCAGCAGGAGCUUCCAAGUAACCAGAGAGAUCCUGGCGGAGUGCAAAAGCCUGGGUAAAGGAAACACGGUCCUGAUUGUGGCCCAUGCUUCCUCCCUGGAGGCUUGCACUCGCCAGAUACAAGGCCUCAGCCCCCAAAACGCCAAGGACUUUGUUCAAGUUGUCCGAAAGAUUCCAUACUUGGGUUUUUGUGCUUCUGAAGAAAUGGGAGAGACCGGGAUUUGGCAGCUGGUCGACCCACCCAUCUUGCCUCUGACACAUGGACCCAAUCACAGUUUUAACUGGAGGGAAAUGCUAAUACAGGACUAAAGGAUAUGCUGUUUGGCUCCCUGUCUUGUAGUGGUCCCAAACUGCUGAAAAAAUAUUUAUUUUUAACCCACACUGCUAUAAAUCCUGCCCAACUACCAAAAAAAAGAAAGAAAAAAAAAUCACGUCUGGCUUCCGUCACAGACAUCAUGCAAAAAAAAAAAGUAAUUGAAGCAAAUGUAUUCAGACGCACUGCUCAGGAAUGAGAAAAUACAGUUUGUGUGGAGAUGAGCAAAAAUGAGCUACAGAUUUUGGGGCAGUUUUUCGCAUUUCCGUCAACGUUCUACUUCUUAGCCCAAAAUGUGGAGGUGCUACGAGAUAUCAGGUUUUAUGCCAUGAGAAGGGGUCAUUAAGCUCCGUCUGUGGCCCAUCCUCAGGCGGGGCAGUGAAGACUUUGUGUUCUGCUGCCGACUCACACACUGUGACAAGAAUUAGACGAGAAAGACUUGUACCACAGAAUUAUUUUUCCAUGUGUCAGAAAUUAUUAUUUAACUUGUAGCUACGACUCUUCCUGCAAAAAAAAAAAGCACAAAGAAAUGUAGACAAUCAGACGGAAGAACUGAUCUUCAUUGUUUCUGGUGCCGAUGUAGGUAGGUUAUGACACCUGUUUUAUUCCUGUAAAUGUCAUAUCAUUAAGUGAUUCUUCUAAGUUAACAUUUAUGUGCCCACAUCAUUCCUUUAUCCUUUCUGUAAGGGCCUGAUCCACAGGUAUUAUGUGGAGGCAAUUCAGUUUUGAUUACCACCACAGGAGCAACCAAGGUAAUAUGGCUGAAGAAAAAUUAUAUAAUGAAAAACAGACCGCUGUUGGUUGUCCAGGUGCACUGACUAAAACCUUUGCUUGUUUAUCAUGACUCUGACACUCUCAGUAAGCCUGAUAACCAGGCUGCUUAUCACACACUUGUUGCAUUUUUUUUUGGUCAUGCCAGAUGAUUUAAGUGCUUACUGCCUAUACCAAUAAUAUGAUGUAUGACUCAGAUCAAAUCUAUCAAUACUCUCAAAAAUGAAUAAAGCAAGGUUGUGGAGUUAUGAAGGCUUAUA